AACCUCUAUACUUCUGUCAAAUGUCAAAACAGCUGAGAUAGCUGUCAAAAUUAUGGCUGCGGUUAUUUUUAAUAAAGCUCAUUUAUCGCGGUCUCUUAAUCAAGUCCCGAUAAUCGCUAUUGUGAGCCAAAAAAAGUAUAGCGAUGAAGCGAAAGUGUUUAAUUUAAGUCAGUUGAAGCGAGGUACUGGGGGUAGAUCAAGUUUUAGCGGAAUUGUAGCUACUGUUUUUGGAGCAUCUGGUUUUGUAGGACGAUAUGUUGUUAAUCGAUUGGGAAAAUGUGGUUCCCAGAUUAUCGUCCCGUAUAGAGGUGAAGCUUUCGAUGUGCGUUACUUAAAAGUAGCUGGAGAUUUAGGACAAGUUUUAUUCUGUCCUUUCUUUUUAAAAGAUGAGGAAUCCCUUGAGAAGGCUAUGAAGUAUUCGAAUGUGGUUAUUAAUUUAAUUGGAAGGGAUUAUGAAACGAAAAAUUUUAAAUUUGAUGAUGUACACGUUAAGGGGGCUGCUAACAUUGCUAAAAUAGCUAAAAGACUUGGUGUUGAACGCCUAAUUCAUUUUUCUGCUUUGAAUGCUUCAGAUAGUCCCACACCUGUUGUUUUAAAUAAACCCUCAGGUUUUUAUACUUCUAAGUAUUAUGGGGAGGAAGCUGUUUGUAGAGAAUUUCCUGAUGCUACAAUAAUUAGACCAGCAGAUAUUUAUGGACAAGAGGAUAGAUUUUUAAGAUAUUAUGCAAGUGCUUGGCGUAGGCAAUUUGGGGCAAUGCCUUUAUGGAAAAAAGGUGAACAUACAAUUAAACAACCUGUUUAUGUGGGAGAUGUAGCAGCAGCUGUUAUUGCAGCUAUAAGAAAUCCUGAUUCAGCAGGAAAGAUUUAUCAAGCAGUGGGUCCCAAACGUUAUUAUUUAUCUGAUUUAGUUGAUUGGAUGUACUCUUUAAUGCGUAAAUCAGAUGAUCGUCGCGGUUAUUUCCGUUAUGACCAGCGUUUUGAUCCAUCUUUUGCAAUGAAAGUUACUUUAACUAACUUGGUUAGCCCUAGUUGGCCCCUUUUUAAUCUUCAUUGGGAACGCGUUGAACGUGAAUAUGUCACAGAUUGUGUUGAGCAUGGCGUUCCUACCUUGGAAGAUUUAGGAGUUAAUUUAACAAGUUUGGAAAAUCAAGGUCCUUGGGAAAUUAGACCAUUGAUGGCGGAUCUUUAUUAUGGACACGCUGCUGACGAACCUUUCCCACAACCCCCUCCACCAAAAUCUGUAGAAGUGUAAUUUUGAUAUUUUAAAUAAAAAAGUUGUAGGAGGAGUGAUUAAUCAAUUGCUAAUAGUCUUUAGAUGAUGAAGAACAAUUGUAUUAUAAUAAAUGAUGAAUAAAAUGAUUAAAGUAUUAUGGAUCACUACCAUUUUUAUUUUAUUAUUUUUUUAGUUGGUUCUUUUAGACUAUUAGCUAUUGAUAAGUAAAAUUUUAUGAUGGAAAAUUCGUCAAAAACUUGUACAGAAUAAAAUAUAAUAUUUAAA